AUUCAAGGAAAAAGAAUACUAUGAAAUUCCAAUCUCAACAGAGCUAAUUUUCAAAUUUUCCACAAGUUUAGUUCAACUUGUACAUUUUCCGCAUUUCAAAAUGCACCAAACGAACCGCCCAACUUCCAAAUCCAAUUGUCAUCGGCCAACACUAAAUCCAUUCAAAUGUCAAUCGAAAUUAUUGUUUUUAGUACACAUCAUGGACGUUGAGAAUUCGAAUCGGAGUGAUGUGAGAUGUCGCCGACCAUUAAAACGCCUUCCAUACAUCGUAAAUAACAAUAUAUUCUCAAUGGAGACGUACUUCGUAUGGUUCAGCGCUUUAAUAUUCCUAACGGAAUUGGUUACAGAUCUCUGUUUGGUGGCCUAUUACAUACACGAGAACGAAGUGCGAUGGGGGCUGAUUACGUUUGCAAUAAUUUUCCUUCCUCUCAUGAUUUGUCAGCUUUGUUCGCUGCUCAUGAUGAGGACCCAGAAGGCAGUGGAGACUCCGGUGCUUGUUGUUCAUUUGUUCUUAAUGGGGAUUCCCUACAGGUAUCACAGUAUUUUGCGGAAAGUGGAUAAGGAUAAAAUGACGACGCAGGAGGUGGAGUACGUGAGGAAUAUGAUCCGCGAAGUGAAUGUCCUGCAAACAGUGAACGCAAUAUUGCAGUAUUGCCCGCAGUUUAUGUUUCAAGCAUUCCUGAUAGUCUACAAAAAGUACAAAUGCAUCAUUACAGGUGUUUCAGCUGGUCUGGCAGGAUUUUCUUUCUUAUGGCAUAUCUUCAUACAUUUCUACUAUUACGCGAAAAGUUGCCACACUGAUUUAGAUGCAAGCGGUUCAGUAGCCGAGAAUGGAAUUAUCGACAACCUGACAUCAUCUCAACGUCGUAAUGUAAGAAAUUUGACGCCAACCGAAGAGAAUUUAUCUAAGAAUUACAAGAAAUGUAAAAUCAGCGAUAAUUUGAAAAUAUUCGAAAAACCUAUGUACAAAACAGAUGACAAUAAUUUGAUGUCAAAGAAGCCAACACUUAAGCAUGUUGAAAAAAACAAACUUUUUGGUUUCAACAAGCGCAAAACCGUUUAUCAGACGAAUGAUUUCGACGUUAGUGAUAUCAAUAAUACGUCGACCGUCUUUUUUGAAGUGAAUGAAAGCAGCGACAGUUACAACAAACUUUGCAUUUCACCAGUAAAGCGGGCAGAAGAGUUCAACAACGAAAACAACGCCAAUUUGAGCAUUACAAAGAAAAUGUUGGAUAAAGAAAGUGAUCCAGAGUUCAAAAGUACCGACAUGGCUGCAGGGCCAGUGGAGAGCAGAUUUCUCAAACGCAAAGGGAUAUGCUCGUCGCAAGAAAUGCUUCAUUUGGUCGACAUUAUGAGUGACAUUCCACCUGAACAAAUUGAUGUGAUGGCUAAAAGUCUGGUUGAAAUGGGCGGUGAGGAAAAUCUCAAAACAGAUACAGAACAAGCCGACAAUUCCCGACUUUUGGAAAAAUUUCCUGAAAUGAUUGACGCGAAACUAAUGGAAAAUAUUGAAACAGUCAUUUACGAGAAUCAAGUGAUUUUCCAAGAGAGAAUUCGUAAGAAUCAACUGACAAUUCAGAACUUAAAGUUGCAGGAUCAACUUUUGUCCAAGUACAUAGACAGUAUUAAGAAUCUGCCAUCAAAUGAAGUCUUCAGUAUUCGUGACUAUGAGAAUAUGUGCUUUGCGAAUGUUAGUCGGCAGAACCGCUUGAAGCACUGGCGUAAUUAUCUGCAAGACAUCAACACGCAUAUGCAUGACAAUUCAACUGUUCAAAAUAGCAGUUUUUAUGUGAAUACGAACACAAUGUCCAACUCCCUAACCGAUCUCUACGUGAACGGUACCGAUGUAGGGUCAGUUGCAACUGACGAUUGUAAACUUUCAGACCAGGUUUCAACUCCAUCUUCUCUUGCGAAGAAGAUUCCACGCGCCAUAAAGCUACCGCCCAGCGAUGAGCUAUCACUCGAUGAUAAUAUGAGUGAUCAUAAUUUCUACGUAAACAUGAGUGGUUCGAGCUCAUCGAUGCCUCGGAAGAAUAUACUGGUGGAAACUAUAAAUGCCAUCAACGCUGAUACACCAGUAAGAAAUUUACUCAGUAAAUCAUCGAAUUUACCCAACAGUAUUGCGUCGAGCAUAAAAUGAUGGUGACCAUUUAGAUUAAGAUUUUUUGGUGCAUAUUAAUAUGCUGUGACAACUGGACCAUCACAGUGAAUUUGUGUUUAUAGUAUUAUAUUAGAAUUAGAUAUGUGAGUUGAUUCAUUAUUUUGAGAAUCUUUGGUUUUUUUACAUUAUUUUUCUGUUAAAAUGUUGAGGACUUGAUUUUUUAUGUAAAAAUGAGUCUUGAUUUGCUGAAAAGCGGAUAUUUUCAUAUGAAGCAUUUACCGAUCAUUUGAUUUGAUAUUUUAUAAUAUAUUUUUAUAUUAAACCGAAUAUUGACUCAGAAAACUACAACAAAAACAUUAGAUGCAUCUUCCAUAUCAUUGACAUUUACUUCCGGUAUCGCUACGAAAAAUAUGACAUUGGGUUGUAUUUUUUUUUGUUAUUUAUUUGUGAAGAAAAUGCUUAUCUGGGUGCCAAUAUAGCUUCUCUAGUUUGUAGUAUAUUAUUACAGACAAUUCUCAACACAGCGAGCAAUCUACGGCAAUAGAAUUUAGUUGUAUAUUUUGAAGAAUCAUUUUUUAUUUUUUUUUUCUAUGAUAGAAAUGAACCUCAUUUAUGCCAUUCGAGUGAUGUAUUUUUUUACAAAGCUGGUUAUAUAUUUCAUUCUUUUAUAUAUGGAUUUAAUAAAAAAGUAUUGAAAGUCA